AUGAGCCUCAGUCCAAUGCCGUCUUCGACGCCGAGCACGGAGGCGACCAGCGUUGUCGAGCUCGAGGGCGUCGUCGAGAAGCUUCAGCCAAGCCCGACCUCGUAUGCUUCGCCGUUCAGCGCACCCCCCUCGAUUCCGCAACCCUACAACCCCGCGUCGGCGCUGGGGGACAUUCCUGCUAUUGCAUACGCACUCGAGCUCUUCCUGUCGUCCAAGAUGGUCGAAUCGGAGAAGUUUUUACUUGAUUGCGAUCCCACCAUGGAACGUCUGUACUUUGCUACCGGCUACGGCCUCAUACAAUGCGUGAAGGGGCUCAUGUCGUACGAGGACCCGGACUUGAUUGCAGCGAUAGCCCAUACGAAACACGGCAAUGCAAUAGCAAGCCUGCACAGGAAGAAAACGGCGGGUGUUGGUGCCAGGCUGGCCAGCUUCGUUAUUCCCUUGCUCUCCAGCUCGCACACGGAUCAGGUCAAAGCCAUGACCGCGACCGAACGGCACGCGGAGCUCGUAUACGCAGAGUCGCUCUUUGAGAAAGCCUUGCUGGGGAUCGUGUACUCGGGGGACUGGUUGGCGUUUAUCAAAGAAGCCCUGAACAUGCGCACCACUAUCUCUAUCUACCGCAAACUGUACGACUACAUCGAGCACGUGGACGCAGAAUACACUGUCUCGCACCCGCCCUCACCCGCAUCCUCUCCUUCAGAUACGUACACGACGUCCACCGGGACCACAGUCACGCAAGACCCGUCCAUCGACCGCCACUUCCGCACAGGCGUCUACCUCGGAGUGGGAAUGUCCAACAUCAUACUGUCGCUGAUGCCUGCGAGGCUGGCGAGCAUCGUAGAGCUGUUUGGGUACAAGGGGGAUCGCAAAUGGGGGUUGGAACUGCUGAUGCGCGCUGGAGGGUGGGGGACCGAUGGACAGGAGCCGAAUAUCAGCGCAGGUGAUGAGGGUGUUCGUCGGACGAUAUGUGAUAUGGCGCUCAUGAUCUUCCAUCUCGUCCUGUCAUCUUUUACAUUCGAAUGUGUAGACGUCGGCGUUGCGCGGCGGAUACUGGAAUGGAACCUCAAACGGUAUCCAAAUGGCGUAUUCUUCCUGUUCGGCGCCGGCAGACUUUCGCUGAUCCGCUCUCAACCACUCCAAGCCAUCAACUAUUACACCAAAGCCACGGAGGUCCAGUCGCAGUACCGGAACCUGCACCACAUCAGCUCGUGGGAGAUCGCCAUCGCCCGGCUCGCUCUGUGGGACGUCCAGGAGGCGUUGGAAUACUGGAGAUCCCUUUGCAAAGAGGCUACGUGGUCGAAAUCGACGUAUACGUACGGGACGGCGGUGUGUCUGCUGCAACUCUCGAUGGACGCGUCCCAGCCGGAGGAGAAACGCAGAGAGAUGAAGAAAGAGGCGAUAGCGUUGAUGGAGAAAGUCCCGGGGCUGCGCCAGCGGAUCGCCGGCAAAUCCAUCCCUCUCGAGAAAUUCAUCGCGCGCAAAGCGCGUAAGUUCCAGCAACAGGGCCACCGUCUCCUCCUUCCCGCCCUCGAGUUGUCGUACGUGUUCCUGGGGAUCGCGCACGCUCCAAGGAAAGUCAUCACCGACAAGAUACUCGUCGAGGUCCGGCGAGUGCUCGGUGAGAUGGAGGGCCGGUAUGCGUACGAGGACACUACUGUUGCUGGCGGAAAGGCCAAGGGCGCGGAGGGCGAGCCGAAGAAGAGGAGGAGUGUGAGUGAGUAUGAAGGCGGGACUGCGGAAUUUUGGGAUGAUUACUGUUUGGCGAAGUUCUUGGAGGGCGUGUGUUUGAGAUACGUCGCGUAUCCGGAUCCUGACGCGGCGCUUGACCCCGCUGAAGUCCCGUCCAUCCCCAAGGAAGAAGCGGAGAAAGCCGCUACACAGGCCUUCGAAACCGUCUUCGAAAACGGGAUGAAGAUCGAGUUGGACCACUAUCUCGUCUAUCAUGCGCAUUACGAACUUGGCCGCCUCUUGACGUGUCAAGGCGACGUACACGGGGCCCGCAAACAUCUUGACCUCGUUCUCUCUGGGAAAACACUAACUUUGCGCAAAUACCAUACUCAUCUAUUCUUUCGCGUCCUGCAGGGAAAGUACAGCAUGGAGAACGCAUUGAACAUACGCGCACACGCUGCUCUGGAAGCUCUGAACGCCCAGUCCACGCGGUUGUAA